UGUCAAUCUGUUCCAGUUUGCUGACAUGCUAAUCAAGAGAGGUGUUGUUAAUGCAGUUAAUCUUGAUGGGGGUGGAUCCAGUCUACUAAUGGAAGGAGAUACUAUACUCAAUUACCCUGGGGACUACUGUCAUAUUGAUGGUGCUGAUCCAUUGUUCCAGUGCCCAAGGAAUGUCUCCACUGUCCUGUGUGUUCAUGAUAUUGAAGAGUGUUCUCAUGGUGACUGUAACUGUAAUGAUCCAUGGUAUGGGAAGAAGUGUGAAUUUAUAAACUGUACUAAAACUGAUUGCACUAGACAUGGGGUGUGUACUAAUGGUAAAUGUACUUGUGAAGCAGGAUGGUAUGGAAAACUUUGUGAACAACCUUGCUCACGUAACAGAUAUGGUUUAGGUUGCAAGUCAGUUUGUAAUUAUUGUGUCCUUAAUAAAAGUUUCUGUCAUCACGUCACUGGCCAAUGUGUAUGCUAUCCAGGCUUUACUGGAGAAAAAUGCAAUAAAAUCUGUGAUGGUGACCAUUAUGGUGUUAACUGUGCUCAAAAGUGUUCUUGUGUUCAUGGUACCUGCUCACGUAUUGAUGGAUUCUGCACUUGUGAUGAGGGAUGGGCCGGUAAAAAGUGUGAUAAACAAAAAUGGCUAUGAGCUGAAAUUAACUGAAGAU